GAUCCGCGCAGUCCCCGGAUGUUAGCUAUUCAGAGAGAAAAACGAAAAGAGCGAGAGAGAGGCGGAGAAGCUAGGAGACGCCACGGACAAACCGGUAAAGGGAUUGCGGGUCUCAAACCCACGAUAAACACGGAGAGCAGAGGCUUGUUUCGGGGAGAGAGAGGGAGCUGUUAUCGAAAAAAGGAAGGGGAGGGGACGGCUAACUUUGACAGACCUGCACUGGCCUCCAGGAGCGGACACGAGCCCGGGUUUUGUUUUUGAGUGACGGCAACAAAAACAGUGAUCUGAGGGAGCGCCCUGCAUUCUCUCCGCACCGGAUUGCCACCCCUCCUUCACCGCCGCCAUUGCUGCCACUCGACCUGCCACCAUGACGUCGGAGCUGGAGAGCAGCUUGACCUCCAUGGACUGGCUGCCACAGCUGACCAUGCGGGCAGCCAUUCAGAAAGCGGAUUCCCAGAACACUCACGGGCCAGGCAUGGCUAAGAAGAGUGCUCUGCUGGACCCCAACACCACACUGGACCAGGAAGAGGUGCAGCAGCACAAGGAUGGCAAACCACCAUACAGUUACGCCAGCCUCAUCACAUUCGCCAUCAACAGUUCACCAAAGAAGAAAAUGACACUGAGCGAGAUCUACCAGUGGAUCUGUGACAAUUUCCCCUAUUACAGGGAAGCCGGCAGCGGGUGGAAGAACUCAAUACGGCACAAUCUCUCGUUGAACAAGUGUUUUCUCAAAGUGCCUCGCUCCAAAGAUGACCCGGGAAAGGGUUCGUACUGGGCAAUCGACACAAAUCCAAAGGAGGACACACUGCCCACACGACCCAAGAAGAGGCCACGGUCUGGAGAGCGGGCGUCCACGCCCUACAGCCUAGAAUCAGAUAACUUGGGAAUGGACUGCAUCAUCUCUGGAAGUGCCUCUCCAACGCUGGCAAUCAACACUGUGACUAACAAGGUGGCAUUGUACAACCCUGACCAGGACGGGAGUGACAGCCCUCGAAGCAGCCUUAACAACAGCCUAUCUGACCAGAGUCUGGCCUCUGUUAACCUCAACAGUGUGGGCAGUGUGCACAGCUACACACCGGUGACAAGUCAUCCAGAAUCGGUGUCCCAGUCCAUGAGCUUGCAGCAGGCACCUCAGGCCCAGUACAGCAUACCGGAACGCGACAAGCAGCUGCUCUUCUCCGACUUUGAAGAUCUCAGUGCCUCCUUCCGCAGCCUUUACAAGACCGUGUUUGAGCAGUCCUACAGCCAUCAGGGUCUGAUGGGAAUGCCCUCGGAGUCGUCCCAGCAGACCCACACCUCCUGCUCUUACCAACACUCCCCCAGCAACACCAUCAGCACCCACCCUCACAACAACCAGAACAGCAUCACUAACUCUCACCCCAACAACAUCCCCAACAAUGGUAGCCAGGUGCCUCUCUCCCACCCCCCUCACUCGGCCCACAACUCGCCCCAUGGACAGCACCUUUCCCAGCAUGGCCCUCUCGCCCAGCACAGCCAGCAUCCUCACACGGCACACAGCCAACAUCCCCAGCACAGCCAGCACGGGCAGCAUCCCUCCCAGCACCAGGCCCACGGCCAACACACACCGCAGCAACAGCAGCAGCAGCAGCACCAGAAUCUCUCCCACCAGCCUCAUCCUGGCCAGCAACAGAUGCAGUGCAACACUGGUCUUCCAAGUGACUGGUACCCAAACCUGGAUGCGCUAAAAGAAAGCUGCCGCAUCGCCAGCAGCUACAACUGGGCUGAUGUUGAUCUGUCACCCUUCCAAGGUCUGAAAGAGAGCAUGAGGCAGGCGGAGCUGAAUAACUGGUCUCUCGAACCCACUCAGAUAGCAGACCUCUGCUCCUCCAUCAAUCAGUUCUUUGCUCGCACUGGAAUCCAGCCACAAGGGGCAGUGCAGCCUCCAGUGUGCCAUGGCUCCAUGCAUCCAAACAAGCCCAGCCCACACAUCAACACAGGAAACAUGUACAUGGACUCGAGACAGAGCUUAAGCUCUAUGAUGGGUCCGCCGGGAUAUCCUCAUAUGCCGCCCAUGAGCAGCCCUGGCCCCACUAUGACAGGCCAUCACGCUCAGAUGAACCAGCAGCAUAUGAUGCCUGCUGGAAACUUCCAGAUACGCCGCAUGCCCGCCGACGACAUCCAGGACGACUUUGACUGGGACUCCAUCGUGUAACCCAGUCCCUGAGAGCAAAGAGUGCUGCAGACAAACGAGAGAGGAGCGUAAGGAGGCAGAGUGUUUGUGUUACAGUGCAAGAGGGCUGGACCUGAGGUGUCUGCAUGCCCGUGACAGAAGGCAGAUUGGAAUGGGACACUUGAAAAA